CUCAGCCAUCUUCGCUCACAAACCAAACGAGUGGUAUCCCCUCUAAAACUGGCUAUCCCUAUUCCCUGGAUGGUUAUCCUUUGAACCAAACGCCACCUACUUCCGAUGAAAUAAAGCUGAUGACCAACAAAGUCACCAAAGCCGACGGCACGCCAAAUUCUGAAUUCAACAUCGCAGCGGAAGAUGAUCUCCAGCCAUCGCAAGGUGUAACCAUGGAUCACGAGUUUCCCAGCAUUUGUGAUGACCCGGAGCCGGAGGAUGCACCGAUACCUGAUCAGCGAGACGAAUCAGCGGAACCACACAAGCCAUGGAGGUUCAUCCCGGUGCCCGAAGGCCACGUCUUUGUGCCGGAAUGCGUCGGCGAUGAGCUCAUAGUGCACAUCCGGCCGUCCUCGCAAAGUGGCUCCGAGCACAGCGCCACCGUUGACGCCGACCAACAGCUCCCCUUCACCUGCGGACAUCCGGAGGCGGGAACGCCGUCCUUUUACGACGGCGGUCCUUACCGCGCGCUGUUCUGGUCGCUGCCCGAGCUUGACGACCAAGGCCCAAAAAACGUCUUGCCGUUACCAUGGUCGCGGUUGGAGAUGUGGGGCAGGCUGACGGCGGCGGCGCUGGAUGGGACUUGGGCCGUAAACCCCCCGAUUAUACACGAACAUGCGUUACCUGAGUCCGUGACGCUCUCCACCGACGUGGUGAUGUUCUACCGGCCGGACCCGGAGGCUGGGGGAACGAAUGUGAUGAUUGCUGCAACCGAGGAUGUGGAGCAUGUGUAUAGCAUGGAGGAACAUGGUACCCCGGCGGUGACCGCUCUCACGCCGCACUCUAUUCUUCCCACGUAUUCUGGUCUUCCCUAG